AUGCCUUUUUCAUCUCUACCCCCUCUUCCCAAACCCUUUAUCCAUCUAGAGUUUUUCUUGGAGCUGUUGGACAACUCUGAAAAAUCUCUCAACAGUAUGUUUACAAGGACAUACGGGAAGCUGUAUGUGCAGAACUCUGAGGUGUUCCAGGACCUAUUCACUGAACUAAAGCGCUAUUACACGGGGGGCAACGUCAACUUGGAGGAGAUGUUGAAUGACUUCUGGUCCAGGCUGCUGGAACGCAUGUUCCAGUUGCUUAACUCCCAGUAUCACUUCACAGACGACUACCUGGAGUGUGUCACCAAAUACACAGAUCAGCUAAAGCCCUUUGGAGACGUGCCCAGGAAGCUGAAAGCUCAGGUCACCAGAGCAUUCAUUGCUGCACGGACAUUUGUCCAAGGGCUAACGGUGGGUCGUGAGGUUGCCAACAGGGUCGCCAAGGUGAACGUAGUGCCAGCUUGUGUCAGAGCCUUGACCCAGAUGCUCUACUGUCCGUACUGCCGCGGCAUGCCUGGGCUGAAGCCCUGUCGCAAUUACUGCUACAACGUUAUGAGGGGCUGUCUCGCAAACCAGGCGGAUCUGGACGCUGAAUGGAACCUGUUCAUCGUCAAGGAGUGA